UCUAAUCUCACAAUACUCCUCAUAUAACUUCAUCCACUUAAUCGCCAUUUCAAAAUCCCACCCCAUAAUCACUCCUCCAUGUGCAUGGAAAACUUGCCGUUUCUCCUCUUGUCCAUUCUCACCAUCACUUGCCCCCCAGUCUUUGCUCGUCCCCUUAAGAAAACCGAUAAUUUCAUUACCUUUUUCACUAACAAUAUGUUUGAAAAUUCAAUCCCAUUCUCAACGCCCAUGACCAAUAAUAAUGGCAAAACUCCCUUCUUCCACACAAAUGGUGAUAAGGCUAGAGGAAAACCUAAGGGGCGUGUUCGCAGUUUCUCUAGUAGAGGAGAAAUACCCUUAGGUUGGUUAUCGGUCAUCACUAAUGUACAAACAUUGGAAAUUGGGAAUAUGACCGUGAUUGAGGAGGAGCUAAUAAGCACGUCUCCGUUGAAGGGUAAAGUUCAAGGGAUAUAUGUGGCAAGCUUGGGGGAUACAAACAUCAGUAUGUUGGUAAUUAAAGCUGUUUUUGAUGGUGGAAGAUUUCAGAAUAGCCUGAGAUUCUUCGGGGAGUUUAAGCCAGGUUUGUCUGAGUCUCAUAUAGCUGUCGUUGGCGGUAGUGGGAGAUAUCAUGGUGCAAAUGGCUUUGCUAUAGUGAAGGCUAUAGAUGAGGGAGUUUUCGAAGGAAUGAGGAAGAAGAACAAGCUCUUGUUCAAAGUGUAUAUCAAGUAGUACGUGAGUACAGGUUCAGAUAAUAUGUUUAUUUAUGACUUAAUGCUUAAAUAUCAGCAUUUUACGAGGAAAUCAUGUAUUUGUUUCGUUAAUGUGUAUGGAAAUUUAUUAAGCAUGUACUGAAUUUUAUUGCAUUUUGAUUUGGAUGU